AUGUCUCCCGCUACAGUGGGCGAAAAGUGGUGGAAAAAUGCAAUCAUCUAUCAAAUAUACCCUGCCAGUUUCAAAGACUCCAACGGUGAUGGCAUCGGAGACAUCAAAGGCAUCAUCUCCUCGCUGGAUUACAUCACAAGUCUGGGCGUGGAUGUGAUCUGGCUAUGUCCCAUGUAUGAUAGCCCGCAGAUUGACAUGGGAUACGAUGUCGCCGAUUACGAAAAUGUAUACCCUCCUUACGGCACCGUUCAGGAUAUGGAGGUCCUGAUCGAUGCCUGUCACAGGCGAGGGUUGCGCAUCAUCCUCGACCUGGUGGUCAACCAUACCUCUGACCAGCACAAAUGGUUCCAAGAAUCUCGGUCCUCGAAGACCAACCCCAAGCGGGACUGGUAUAUAUGGAAGCCGGCAAAAUACGACGCAAAUGGGAAACGCCAGCCGCCUAACAACUGGCGCAGUAUCUUUGGAGGUAGCGCAUGGGAGUGGGACGAGAAGACGGAGGAAUAUUACCUCCAUCUGUUUUGCGUUGAACAACCCGAUGUCAACUGGGAGAACGCUGAAACACGCAAGGCAAUCUAUGAUUCUGCAAUGGAGUUCUGGCUGCAGAAGGGCGUCGAUGGCUUCCGUGUCGAUACAGUGAACAUGUACAGCAAACAUCCCGAGUACGCCAACGCACCGAUCUUGGAUCCCAAGUCCGAUACUCAACCUGCUUUCUCGUUAUUCUGCAACGGUCCUCGAAUCCACGAGUACUUGAGUGAGAUGAACGAGGUUCUUUCAAAAUACGAUGCAAUGACAGUUGGAGAACUGCCGAAUACACACACUCUGGACGGUGUUCUCAAAUAUGUCUCCGCCGCAGAGAAGCAACUGAGCAUGGUGUUCCAGUUCGAUCUCGUGGACCUCGGCAUGGGCAAAGACUACAAAUUCCUGACAACGUUCCCAGGCUGGACCCUGCGGGAUCUCAAAGCCGCCGUGAAGAGCACACAGGAUAUAAUCAAGGGCACCGACGCCUGGACAACGGUCUUCAUGGAGAAUCACGACCAGGGCCGUUCGGUGACUCGAUUUGGCUCUGACAAGACGCCCGAGCUGAGGGUUCGCUCAGCCAAAAUGCUUGCUAUGAUGCAGAGCACGCUUUCAGGCACGCAGUUCAUUUAUCAAGGACAGGAAAUCGGCAUGGUGAAUGCACCCAAGGAUUGGACUAUUGAUGAGUAUAAAGACAUCGACAGUCUUAACUACUAUCAUAUGACGAGCCAAGCCACAAACAAAGACCCGGUCGAGCUUGAAAAGGCUAUGGCUUCGCUGCAGCAUCUCGCUCGAGAUCACUCUCGUCUGCCUAUGCAGUGGAGUGCGGAUGUUAAUGCGGGCUUCUCGUCCUCGUCGGCGAAGCCGUGGAUGCGCCCGCAUGACAAUUAUCCUGACAUCAAUGUCAAAUUGCAAGAGAAGGAUCAGUCUUCUGUUUUGUCUUUUUGGAAGCAGAUGAACCAGCUGCGCAAGGAGUAUGCUGACCUGAUGGUCUUUGGAGAGUUCGAGAUCUUUGAUGAAGCUAAUCAAAGUGUGUUCACUUUCUCGAAGAAAAGCAAGAGCCAAACAUUGCUUGUCAUCCUGAACUUCUCGGACACAGAGCAGACAUUUGAGAAACCGGAUACAGGAAAGACAGAUUGGAAAUUGUUAGUUGGUAAUGUAGAGGAUUCCCAGGAGGCACUACAGGCGUUUGAGGGAAGAGUCUUUUUGGCUUAG